CGCCGUCGCGUCCACGUCCCAGCGCACUCCACAGUCUCCCCGGCUGCGCACCGAGGCCUGCCCGAGAAAAGCGAGAGGAUAAACGUGCGAGGUGACGAGGAGUCCGUCCUCGAUCCCACCUCCCUUCUUCGAUCGUCAACGGUUUCUGGCUUACGCGGCAGGGCAGCGGCCAUCGUGAUCUCACCUCGCCCCCUUGCGCCCUCCCCGAUCAGUUCCUCUGUCCUCCUUCCCGGAACGGGGCUAGGCUCCUGCGCGCGAGGGUUUCCUCUGAAGAAAAGAGGUGGGGAUCAGAAGGAGGUUCUUGUUGCUUGAGAGGAAAAUGAAGUUUUCUUGGUUUUAGCCCACAAGUUUCAGAAAAGGAGGAGCUCUUGAGGUUGUUCAUUGUUUUUGCUUAAUCUCUGGGUAGCAUUUCUCUCCAACGCUGGUUGCUUGUCUCCGUUUGAUCCAACGAAUUAAUACAGCUUCUCUUCAAGGGGAGGGGGUCACAAAGUGCCUUCAACUGCUUCCGUACUCCAGCUAAUAUAGAUUGCACUGAUUUUAAAAGAAAACAAGAAAUCGAUCGAUCCACCUACUCCCUCCGUUCCUAAAUGUAAGUCUUUCUAGAUUCCACUGGGUGGACUACAUACGGAGCAAAAUGAAUGAAUCAACACUUAAAAUGCAUCUAUAUACAUCCGUAUGUAGUUCGUAGUGGAAUCUCUACAAAGACUUAUAUUUAGGAACGGAGGGAGUAGUAAAUAGUAACAAGUGCCUGUAAAAUUGCACAUGUUUUUGGAGCAAUGUGAAAACAGUCUUCCAGACAAAUAGAAAAGUAAACUUUGACCAUGGUGGAUGCGACGGGACAUGGAUAAUAACUUUCAAAAUGCAUGGAAGAUGGAGAAUAAUACUGAUGGAAUGUUUGGUACACCUGAGCAUAACUCACAUCCUAAGGUUCACAGCUUGAUGUGCAGUGAGUUGAAAAUGAUGUUGGAUAAAGUUACUUCUAUUCUUCCAUCAAUAGAAGCGGCUCAACCAGGAUGUAAAGCAGGCAUAGAGGAACUAUGUAAUCUGUACAGCAUAGUUGACAAAGGGAAACUUAUAAUCCAGAACUGCAUUGAGUGUAGUAGUCUUUAUUUGGCUAUUACAGGAGAAGCGACAGCAAUGCGAUGCGAAAGGAUUAGAAACUCGAUGAGGCGGAGCUUGUUCCUGAUUCAGAAUAUGGUCCCGUCCAUGUUGGCUGAUCAGGUUGCUGAUGUACAUAAUGAUCUCCGAAAUAUAAAAUUCCUUGUUGAUCCAGCAGAAGAAGAAGCUGGCAAAGCGGUCUUGAAGAUGCUUCGACAUUCGGAUGCAACCGAAGAACUUGAAAUGCAUACAUUCCUUCUAGCAUGUUCAAAGUUAAAUCUGACAUCACAGAAAGCUAUGUUAAUCGAAAGACGGGCAAUCAAGAAACUACUAGAUAAGAUCAAUGGCAACGAUCCCAAAAAGGAAGGUAUCCUCAGUUUUUUCCUGUAUCUAGUCAGAAAGUACGGAAAGAACAGCAAGCCUGAAACAGGUGCAAAGAAUGGAACUGUGAAUGAAACUACAUGCACAAAUGUAAUUUCUAGUGACACUGGUGCACGCAGAAAAUGCAUUCCAGGUGUGAACUCUGGGACUGGGAGAUAUGAUGAUCAGAAUAAUUUGUCAGGACUUGCUACACCACCUACAGAGCUCUGCUGCCCAAUAUCUAUGAAGCUGAUGCAUGAUCCUGUGAUAAUAGCCUCUGGACAAACUUAUGAAAGAGAAAAUAUCGAGAGGUGGUUCAGUAAAGGAUACGAUACUUGUCCUAGGACACAAGUAAAGUUAGAAAACUUUACAAUAACUCCAAAUACUUGUAUGCAGGCUGUUAUUUACAACUGGUGCAAAGAACAGAAGCUUGAAUGCACUUAUUUGCCCGAGCAAUUUCAUAAUUACUCCCUAUCAAGUUUGCACGAUAUCUCGGCGCCCCUGAUUGCUGACAAAAACUUUGAUUACAUGGUUGAGCAUAGCGGUUCAUCAGUUGCAUUAUGUAGUGCUAGUUACUUAUCAUCCCCAGUCAGGGAAACGGAUGUGCCAAAGACUAAUUUUACCAGGUUUUAUUCAAAUGUCAAUUGCCAGUUGUAUCUGUCCUUCUGCAACUUCGAUAAGGAAAUGUUUCUGAAUUUGUUUCAAGAGCACUCAGAGCUCCCGGUGGAACUGCAAAGGCAGGCUGUCAAAGACUUAAAAACUGUCCUGAAUAUUAAAAAUGAGGUUUGGCAGUCCAUGAUCUCCAAUGGCUUUUUAGAAGCAUUCCUUGAAUUUCUUAAGAAUGACAAUCUCAGAAGCACAUUACAAGCUCAGAAAACUGGAAUUUAUUUUUUCCUUACGUUUCUUUGCAAUAGCAGGACUAGAAUUUUAUCUAUCACUGAAGAUGCAGUGCGGCUGAUUGUAUCGCUUCUUGAUUCUGAGUUAAAGCUGGAAGCUUUGCUGAUACUUCAUGAACUGCUGCAUCAUCCAAUUUGUCGGGAAUCUCCUCUCAUGGCCUCGCUUGUGGCUCCUUCUGUGGUUGGAGCUUUGGAUACUGGAGACAAUGAGUGCUUGCAGCUCGCUCUAAAGAUGAUCUGCGAACUGUCAUCCAGUAAUGAUGUAAAAUCCUUACUGAUUUCUCCAGGCAUAAUUGCCAAGCUGUCUACAUUGCCCAGUGAAGUAAGCUUGACCGAGUAUUGCUUGAAGAUUCUGCGGAACUUAUGCGAAGUGAAACAAGCUGCUGAUCUUAUCAUCAGAUCAGAGCAUUGCAUCGGUUCCAUUUCAGACCAUCUAGACACAGGAAGCCGCAGUGAGCAGGAUCAUGCAUCUGUUAUUCUUCAUACGGUAUGUUCCCACAGCACCGAGGCAGAUCAUUUUCUUGUGAUGAAGGAAGGUGUCAUCCCUGCCCUUGUUGAUCUGUCGGUUUAUGGAACUGAGGGGGCAAAAGCGUCUUCAAUCAAGCUGCUUCAAAUCUUGGGGGGCUCAGGGGUAGCUCAUGCUGUCGAUGCUGGAGUAGAGAGCUCACCCAAUGGGUCGAUCUGCCAACAGCCGAUAUCCAAAUCAGCUCGGUAUAUCUCAAGAAAGCUCAGCAUUUUCUCAAAACCCUGGUCACGAAACGUCCUCUGAGAACUAAGUGAAUUUUUAUUUUUUUGAGAAUCAGAACUUUGUGAAUUUGACAACACUGACCACCUGAUGCAAAUGGGAGCGGGUAGUAGUGUCCAGAUGAAAUGCUUAAUGUGGGUACUUUUUUGACCGCAAUGUAUUUGACUAGAGUUUGUAUUUGCACUUGUUUUUGUCUUUCUUUGCUAGGGUAAGAAAAGGUAGGUUUAGCUCAUAGGUCUUGUGUCAAAAAGGCUUGCACUCGGAUGCAUGCUGUUCGAUGUAACAGAUACCUGGAAUGUGUGUUGAUCACAGAAAUUCCAUGGGAGAUUUUUCAUUGGAACUAGAUCGAACAUGGGUUAUGUGAACA